AUGCCCAGCCUUCCUGUGGCACUAUAUGGCAUCGAGACGGAUCGGGAGGGCACGAGGCUGAGGCUUAGUCUGCCCCAAGGCAGGAAACCGGUCUUGCUCAUCGAGUGCGGCGAGGUCCCGGAGAAGGUUCUCGCAUUAUUGCGCAGCAUUGCUCUACCCGUUCAGCCGAGAGCCACCACAUCCAGACAACAAGAUCGACCGGCGUCUCUGACCUCAUGCUCUCUCACUCGCUCGGCCGGACCCACCUUCACUGUGGUGCGUCUGCAUGCAUCUCUGAAAUGGCGAUCUGGGUUCUCUGCCUUCCCAGCUGGAGCUCCUGUCGGCGCUGCACGUGUCUAUCCAGACUAUCAGAUACUACUUGACGCAUAUCCGGACGCCGAGCGAGAAGCCUUCGACCACAGUCAGCCAUUUACCCCGCAAGAUUUUUACGAAGGUGUCCACGCACCUUCCAAGGACGUAGAUACACCCGAGCACCUGUAUCGGGACGUUCUGGAGUCAGAUCUGUAUCCAUUUCAGAAGCGAGCUGUGACUUGGAUGCUGAAUCGUGAGAGCGUUGGGCCUUCGCGUGACGUCUCACCGUUCACAGAUGCGGGCAUUCAGGCUAAAGAUGAUCCAAUGCCAGACACGAGAUUCUUCCACCGAGUUAUGGAUGCUAGCGGUCAAGAAUGCUGGGUGAACCAUCUUCAAGGCGUUGUGAGCCGCAUGCCUCCCCAGGAUGGCGCUGCCAGACUUUCGGGCGGCUUGCUGGCUGAGGAAAUGGGUCUCGGAAAGACAGUCGAGCUCAUGGCACUUGUUGCCCUGAAUACGCGACCAAGAAUGUCUCCUGGCAUGGUCUUUGAUCGGAACUCGGGCACCAAGAUCUCUCCAUCGAAGGCCACCCUAAUCGUGACCCCGAGCUCUUUGACUCAGCAGUGGAAGUCGGAACUUGAGCGCCAUGCUCCCGACCUCAACAUCUUUCAUUAUGAAGGCAUUUCUACGGGUCACGGCAAGAAGAAAGAUCGAUCGGACGCGACAGUGAUCCGAGAGCUCUGCGAGGAAUACGAUGUGGUCAUCACGACAUAUCAGGUCUUGGGGCGGGAAAUUCACUUUGCUGAAGAUCCUCCUGAUCGAGCUAUGCGGCACGCAAGGAAGCACGAACGGAAGCGCAGCCCGCUAGUGCAGAUUGAAUGGUGGAGAGUGGUUCUUGACGAAGCCCAAAUGGUAGAGAGUGGUGUCACAGCGGCUGCACGUGUCGCCUGUCGCUUACCACGAGUUCAUUCCUGGGCAGUCUCUGGCACUCCGCUUCGCAAAGACGUCCAAGAUCUACUUGGUCUACUGAUCUUCCUGCGCUACGAACCAUUCGCCAACAACGGGAAAUUGUGGAGUCAUCUAAUCACCAAUCAUCGGCAUCACUUUCGAAAGAUAUUCGGCGAGAUUGCCCUUCGACACACAAAGGCACAAAUCAGAGACGAGCUUCAACUGCCUCCGCAGAAGCGUGUAGUUGUCACUGUGCCUUUCUCCGUCAUCGAACAUCAGAACUAUACCGAACUCUUCGAUCAAAUGUGCGAAGAGAUUGGCCUGAACAAGAGUGGUGAGCCGAUACGAGGUGAUUGGGAUCCGAGCGAUCCUCGUACAACUGAAGCCAUGCGCUCAUGGCUAGUACGCUUAAGGCAGACCUGCUUGCAUCCGCAAGUGGGUGGCAAGAACAGAAGAGCCCUGGGAAGAGGCACGAAUCCGCUGCGUACGGUUGCGCAAGUGCUGGAACUUAUGAUCGAGCAGAACGAGACCAGUCUGCGUACGGAGGAGCGGACUCUGGCUGCUUCAUCACUUCAACGUGCACACAUACUCGGCAACAAUCAGGCAGAUCAGAAUCGCUCACAUCAGGCCCUGGAGAUAUACAAUGCCGUGUUGUCCGACAGCGAGAAGUUGGUGCAAGAGGCGAGGUCACGUCUAGCAGCCGCAAAAGCUGCCGAUCCUGGUGCCUCCAGUGACACCGAGAAUGAAGACUCUGCUACUGAAUCUACGCCUUUGAUUGGCCGUCUGAAGAGCAAUUUACGCACGGCAUUGCAGGUGCAACAUCAGGCCGCAUUCUACGCUGCCACUUCGUACUAUCAGAUCAAAAGCAACGAAAGCUUGACAAAGGCAGAUUCUGACGAGUUCAAGCAGCUUGAAGCGAAAGAGGUAGAACUGUACGAAACGGCCAAGAUCAUGCGAAAAGAAUUGAUGCGGGAGACAUUUCGCAAGGCGGAAAGCUUCAUGCGAAGACUCCGAGAUCUCGACGCCGGGAACGUGAAGAAGUUCACUCAGCUGCCAAAAGUCACGGACCUACCAAGCACAGGCGGCAUCGAGAGCAGACGUAUUGUGGAGAAGAGCGACGAACUGUUUGAUGUCAUUCGAGAACAGGUCGCCGUGCUGAAAGAAUGGCGAGCCAAGAUGACUGACUUCCUGAUCAAGCCAUUGGUCGACACAGACGAUGGCCUCGUUGAAAUCACCGGUGACGAAUACGAAGACUCUACGAAACAGCAAGAUGAGCUCUACGUCUACUUCGAUGCCUUUAAAGCUGUGCAUGCCGAUCUCAACGCUCUUAUCACGAACGAGAGAACCUCGCUCAUUGAUCACGAAGUUAAGGAGGCUGUCAAGAGAGCGGAGUGGGUGCUUGAUCCAGACCUACCCGUGGAGCAGAAGCCGGAAGAGGUCCAUGCACCCCAACUGAAACUCGACCUCUACACCAUCCGGAACAAGCUCAGAAGUCGCAGGAACAUGGUCGGCUCGAUACGUUCUCUCAUUCAGGAGGCUCGCUCACUGGAGGUAACAUCGCAAUUCGGCGGCGGCUCUCGGUUGGCGACCGAAGGAGUGUUGAUCCAAGGCCACAUCGAUGCGCUCCAAGCCGUCUUCUCUGCUUAUACCAAGGCCCUCGCUGGUCUUGACAAAGAGCUGCAGCUCUUUCGCACGACACAAAACCAGCGAGUGGAAUUUUACAAGCAGCUGCAGGAUCUGUCGGACUCGGUCGCGCCAUACAAGGACGAACUAGACACUAAUCUUGAUCAAGAUGCGCUAGGCGUUGCAAUGCAAAAGGAAGAGCAGUCCUCGAGCAAGCUUCAGCAGCUUCAGAUGAAAGGACGUUUCCUGAUUAACUUGAGGGAGGAGGACAGUGGGCAAUCUGGACCAAGGACCUGUAUCAUCUGCAUUUCCACUUUCGAACGCGGCGUACUCACGAUCUGUGGCCAUACCUUCUGCAAGGAAUGUCUCCAACAAUGGUUUCAACAAAAGCGGUGCUGUCCCACUUGCAAGCGCAAGCUUGGUGCUCACGAUCUUCACGACAUCACAUUCAAGCCGCAGGAAAUCCGUCUCCAGGAGGAGUCGGCCCAAGCCUCAUCCCCGCAGUCACCUGGAAACACUGCUGCACCAUCGACGAAAUCCAUCUACAGUGACGUGGACUCUCGUCUCAUGGAUGAGAUCAAGUCGAUUGACCUACCCACAUCAUAUGGCACCAAGAUCGAUACCCUGGGAAGGCAUCUUCACUGGAUUCGCGACAAUGAUCCGGGCGCCAAGUCCAUCAUUUUCAGUCAGUAUCGUGAAUUUUUGGACGUGCUGGGAGGUGCGCUGAGAGAUUUCAAGAUCGGCUUCGCUCGCCUCGGCCGCUCCGGUGCUGUCGAAAAGUUCCGCAAUGAUGCCAGCAUCGACUGCCUUCUUUUGGACGCGAAGACAGACUCCUCUGGCCUCACACUUGUCAACGCCACUCACGUCUUUGUAUGUGAGCCUCUCAUCCAGACAGCCGUGGAGCUUCAAGCCAUUGCGCGUGUUCACCGAAUUGGACAGACUAGGCCAACCACUGUGUGGAUGUAUCUCAUCAAUGACACAGUGGAGGAAGCAAUCUAUGAGACAUCAGUGGCUCGCCGACUUGCUCACGUGCAGUCUCGCGAGCAAAGGCAGCGAGAGAGUCAGAAGAGCAGAUCAGCGACACCAGCGCCGCUGCAGGAGAACGCGAUAGAUGCUGCAAACUCGGAAGAAUUGCAAUCGGCGCCGCUCACCAAGCUACUGGUUGCAGGAAAAAGCGGCGGAGAGAUGGUGGCGAAUGACGACCUCUGGCAGUGCCUCUUUGGCAAGGCGCAAAAGCUCACUCACAGUGCUGCAGCGCGACAGGAAAUUGGUCGGCAUCUACGAGCAGAGGCAGCAGAAGCGCGAGCUGGCGCCCAGGCACCAGCGCCAGGUCCAGAUUCGAAUGAGGCCGAGCGAGAAGCUUUACAGAUCGUGAGAAGACACGAGGAAUUGUGA